UCUCCCCCCGAGAAUAAGAUUCAGAUUUUUUUUUUGUAAAAAAAUUCCAAAAUUCCCUAAAAUCUUUAUUCUUCAACACUAUUUAUUCCAAUAACCUAAAUUCUAAUUAUACUAUAUAAUAUAUCUAACACAACAAAAGUUUGUGUUUUUGUGUUCUGAAUAAAAAGAUUUUUUUCUUUUAAUAAUCAGAUUCUCUCAUUCUUCAAUUCACUCUGGUUCUUCUAAUGUAUCCAUCAAUACACGACGACGAUGAUCUCCUCGCUGCCCUUUGUUUCGAUCAAAGCAAUGGAGUAGAGGAUCCUUAUGGAUUUAUCCAGAGAAAUGAGGAUGACAACAACAUCUUUCAGGGGUUUGGGUCUUCUGGUGUGAAUUUGCAGCAGCCACAAGAUCAAGGGCUACAAUUCGAUUCUUUUAGUGGAAACCUAGAGCAAGUUUGUAGCUUUAGAGGGGAGAACGACGGAGUUGUUUAUAGUAGCAGCAUUGGAUCAGCACAAUUGGAUUUGGGGGCGUCGUUUAGUGGUGUUUUGCACCAAGAGACGCAGCAAGUGUGUGGCUUUAGAGGAGGAAACGAUGAUUCUUCAGCAGCAGCAGCAGCGCCUCAUUUGUUGCAGCAGGAACCGGGGCAAGUGGUGUGUACCGGUGAUGUGGAAAUCAAUUCUUCUUCAUCUGUUGGUGGUGUUAAGGAAGAGCUUGAACAUGUUGAGGAGGAAUGCUCGAAAAAGAGGAGACGAACUGGAUCAUGUAACAAGCCAGGAACCAAAGCUUGUCGCGAGAAACUGAGAAGGGAAAAGCUAAAUGAUAGGUUCAUUGACUUGAGCUCUGUUUUGGAGCCUGGCAGGACUCCGAAGACGGAUAAAGUAGCUAUACUAGAUGAUGCAAUCCGGGUUGUGAAUCAGCUCAGAGGUGAAGCUCAUGAGCUUAAAGAAACAAAUCAGAAGCUUCUGGAAGAGAUCAAGAAUCUAAAGGCGGAGAAAAACGAGCUACGCGAGGAAAAGCUGGUGUUGAAGGCAGAUAAGGAGAAGAUAGAGCAACAGUUGAAAUCUAUGGCGGUACCUCCAUCGGGUUUCAUGCCCUCCCAGCAUCCAGCAGCUUUCCAUCCCAAUAAGAUGGCGGUCUUCCCUAGUUACGGUUACUAUCCAAACAUGUCAAUGUGGCCAUUCGUCAAUCCUGCUGGCCGUGAUGCGUCUCAAGAUAUCAAAGAUCAUGCUCCUGUUGCUUAAUCUUCUUUCUGCUAGAUUCAUCAUUGAUCAUAGUUCAGAUGAUUCUUUAUCAGUAGUUUUGCAGUAACCAUUGGUGGGUUGGGAUUAGAGAGUUUUAUGAUUUUUGUUUCGGUUUAUCAAGUAUUUAAGCUUUACUCUUAGGUGCUAUUUUUGAAUAAUGAGAAACUUUGAUCCAAUGUAAAGGUGGAAACAGAUCAUUUGAAGAUGUAUUACACCAAAUGAAGAGUACUAUUUUGUAAA